AUGGGCUUCCACAGCGAGAAUAUUGACAGUUAUGGAUUGUACUUUGCAAGAGUUUCAGUAUAUCAGAUUCUCCCGGCAAACCAGGAUAUGAUAUUUUUGAGUCUAAUACAGGAGGAACUAAAGUAUGGUGCAGAGACAGUGAGGAGAUUAGAGAUCGUGGGAGAUGUUGGUGGUCCUGCAGACCCCAUCGCUCCCACCAUUGUCAUCCCGCCGAGGAACACCAGCGUCAUCUCCGGCACCUCUGAGAUCACCAUGGAGUGUGUGGCCAACGCUAGGCCGUUAAUAAAGCUGAGCAUCAGUUGGAAGAAGGACGGUGUUCCAGUGAGGAGUGGACUGAGUGAUUUUAACCGUAGACUGACGGUGUUGAGUCCAGUAGUCAGUGACUCUGGCUUCUACGAGUGUGAAGCUGUCCUCCGGAGCAGCAGCGUUCCCUCUGUCAGUGCUGGAGCAUACCUACAUGUGCUCGAACCGCCUCAGUUUGUGAAGGAACCAGAAAAACACAUCACAGCUGAGAUGGAAAAAGUAGUGGACAUUCCCUGCCAGGCCAGAGGUGUGCCACAGCCUGAUAUUGUGUGGUACAAGGACGCGGUACCCAUAAGCCCUGUGAAGACCCCGCGCUACAGAGUGCUGGCAGGAGGUAGUCUCCAGGUUAACGGCCUUCUGCCUGAUGACACCGGAAUGUUCCAGUGCUUCGCCCGCAACCAGGCCGGAGAGGUGCAGACCAACACCUACCUCGCCGUUACGAGAGAACGUGUGCUAGCAAGUUUCCAGAUGUUCGUUUGGGAGAAGGACGGUCAGGUGAUCAUCCCUCAGUCUCUGCCUCGACUGCGGUUGGAUGUCAAUGGUACGCUGCACAUCUCUCAGACCUGGUCAGGUGACAUCGGCACAUACACCUGCAGAGUGACAUCAGUGGGCGGCAAUGAUUCCCGUAGUGCACACUUACGCGUGAGGCAGUUACCUCAUGCCCCUGAGAACCCCAGUGCAGUGUUAAGCACCACAGAGAAGAGAGCCAUAAACCUGACGUGGGCCAAACCUUUUGACGGGAACAGCCCUCUCAUCCGUUACAUUCUGGAAGUGUCUGAAAACAACGCUCCUUGGACAGUCCUGUUGGCCAGCAUCGAGCCGGAGUCGACUGCUGUAACGGUCAACGGGCUGAUCCCGGCGCGCUCAUAUCAGUUCCGUCUGUGUGCCGUCAACGACGUUGGCAAGGGCCAGUUCAGCAAGGAGACUGACCGGGUGUCUCUUCCAGAGGAGCCGCCCAGCGCUCCGCCUCAGAACGUCAUUGCCAGUGGCCGCACCAACCAGUCCAUCAUGAUUCAAUGGCAGCCACCACCAGAAAGCCACCAAAAUGGCAUCCUGAGAGGAUACAUCAUCCGGUAUCGUCUGACCGGUCUGCCUGUGGAUAUCCAGUAUAAAAAUAUCUCUAACCCUGAUGUCACCAACCUGCUGCUGGAGGAUCUCAUCAUCUGGACGAAUUAUGAAAUUGAGGUGGCGGCAUAUAAUGGAGCUGGACUGGGCGUUUACUCCCAUAAGGUUACAGAGUGGACACUCCAGGGAGUUCCCACCAUCGCUCCAGGCAAUGUGAAAGCAGAGCCCUUCAACUCCACCACAAUACGCUUCACCUGGACAGCCCCGAACCCGCAGUUCAUCAACGGCAUCAACCAGGGCUACAAGUUUGUUGAGAUUGAGAUUUCAUGCAAGGGGUAUCGUAUAUCAUGGGAGGAGUAUAACCGUACUAACACGCGGGUUACACACUACCUGCCUAAUGUUACUCUGGAAUACAGAGUCACUGGACUGACCGCUAUCACCACUUACACCAUUGAGGUGGCCGGAAUGACCUCCAAGGGUCAGGGUCAGCUGUCAUCUUCAACCAUCUCUUCAGGAGUACCACCAGAGCUUCCCGGGCCUCCCACAAACUUGGCCAUCUCAAACAUUGGCCCUCGAUCAGUAACCUUACAGUUCAAGCCGGGAUACGACGGCAAGACCUCAAUUUCUCGUUGGCAAGUGGAGGCCCAGGUGGGUGUCAUUGGAGAGAAUGAGGAUUGGGUGAUGGUCCAUCAGCUGGCCAACGAGCCUGAUGCUCGCUCUCUGGAGGUCUCCGGCCUCAACCCCUACACCUUUUAUAGCCAAUCAGAUUCCUGCAAUCAUGCCCUCUGUGUCCGGGGAUUUGUGCCGGAGAGUGAUUCUCUGUGUUACUCCCCCAAUUAUGUACCCUCUUGUGGCCCCACAAAUGUUUCUGCAUUUGCCACUACCUCCAGCAGCAUUCUGGUCCGCUGGUUUGAAGUUCCCAAACCUGACCGGAAUGGACUCAUCUUGGGCUAUAAGGUGGUGUAUAAGGAGAAGGAUUCAGACGCUCCUCUACAGUUCUGGACAGUGGAAGGAAACGCCAGUCACAGUGUUCAGCUAACCGGACUAGGCAAGUAUGUUCUGUACGAGAUCCAGGUGCUCGCCUUCACCCGCAUCGGAGACGGCCGACCCAGCUCUCCUUCAAUCCUGGAGCGAACCCUUGAUGACGUGCCCGGGCCGCCUGUCGUCAUUCUUUUUCCUGAAGUCCGGACCACCUCUGUCAGACUCAUCUGGCAGCCACCUUCCCAACCCAACGGCAUCAUACUGGCCUAUCAGAUCACAUACCGCCUGAACUCCACCAAUAGCAACACAGCCACGUUUGACGUCUUGAACUCCAGCGCACGGCAGUAUACCGUCACCGGACUGAGGCCGGAAUCCGUGUAUGUGUUCCGUAUCCGAGCGCAGACACGCAAGGGUUGGGGAGAGGCAGCGGAGGCUUUGGUGGUCACCACCGAAAAGAGAGCUCGGCCCCAGCCCACCAGCCGUCCCACGGUCCCUCAGGAAAACGUACAGGCACGCAGCGUGCAGUUGUCAUGGGAACCCGGCAGCGACGGUUUAUCGCCGGUCCGGUAUUACACGGUUCAGGUCAGAGAGCUGCCUGAGAAGAACUGGACGGUUCAUUCUGCGUCUGUUAGCCACGAGUCCAGCUCCUAUAUUGUUGACAGACUGAAGCCCUUCACCUCCUAUCAGUUCAGAGUGAAGGCCACUAAUGAUAUUGGAGACAGUGACUACAGCGAAGAGAGUGAAGCCAUUACAACACUACAGGACGCUCCUGACGAAUCUCCCACAAUCCUAACUGUCACGCCACACACCACAACCUCUGUGCUGAUAUGCUGGCAGCCCCCUCCUGAGGAGAAGAUUAAUGGGAUCCUACUGGGCUUCCAAAUCCGAUAUCGGGAGUUACUUUACGAUCGGCUCCGAAGUUUCAGCACUCAUGCUAUCAGCAGCCCUUCAACCAGCUGGGCAGAACUCACAUCUCCAUACAGCAUACAGAACCUCAGCGAUCCCUCCCUCACUCAGUAUGAGCUGGACAAUCUUAUGAAACACAAGCGCUAUGAAAUCAGAAUGAGUGUCUAUAAUGCUGUUGGUGAGGGACCAACUAGCUCACCACAGGAAGUCUUUGUUGGCGAAGCAGUUCCCACUGCCCCGCCUCAAAAUAUGGUCAUCCAAUCAGCUACUGCCACACAAUUUGAUGUGACAUGGGACCCGCCUCCGUUGGAGACUCAGAAUGGAGAUAUUCAGGGUUAUAAGAUUUUCUUUUGGGAAUAUCAGCGGAAAAACGAGACUGAGAAACUGAGGACUCUCUUCCUGCCAGAGGGAGGGGUGAAGCUCAAGAAUCUAACGGGCUACACCACCUACAUGAUCAGUGUUGCUGCUUUUAAUGCAGCCGGCGAUGGGCCACGCAGCCUACCGACCAGAGGAAGAACCCAGCAAGCUGCUCCCAGUGCUCCCAGUUUCAUCCAUUUCAGUGAGCUUACCACCACCUCUGUUAACGUGUCGUGGGGCGAGCCUGUCUUCCCUAACGGCAUCCUUGAGGGUUACAGACUUAUCUACGAGCCCUGCAUGCCUGUUGAUGGCGUCAGUAAGAUCGUGACGGUGGACGUGAAGGGGAACGCCCCUCUGUGGCUGAAAAUCAAAGACCUGGCGGAUGGCGUCACAUACAACUUCCGCAUUCGCGCCAAAACCUUCACCUAUGGUCCAGAGGUGGAGGCCAACAUCACCACAGGACCUGGAGAAGGAGCCCCGGGCCCUCCCGGUGAGCCCUUCAUCUCCCGAUAUGGCUCCGCCCUCACCAUCCACUGGACCAAUGGGGAUCCCGGGCGGGCACCUAUUACCCGCUAUGUUAUAGAGGCCAGGCCGUCAGAUGAAGGCUUGUGGGACAUCUUAAUCAAGGACAUUCCCAAGGAAGUGACUUCGUAUACCUUCAACAUGGAUAUCUUAAAACAGGGAGUCAGCUAUGACUUCCGGGUCAUCGGGGUGAAUGAUUAUGGGUACGGAUCUCCAAGCCAACCGUCACCAUCCAUAUCAGCACAAAAAGUGGCUCCGUUCUAUGAGGAAUGGUGGUUUCUGGUGGUGGUUGCUCUGGUCGGCCUCAUUUUCAUCCUGCUUCUAGUUUUCAUCCUCAUCAUCAGAGGCCAGAGCAAGAAAUAUGCUAAGAAAUCUGACUCAAGCAGCAAUUCCAACUGCAAUGCAUUGACACAUGGAGAGAUGGUCAGCCUGGACGAGAGCCGUUUCCCUGCCUUGGAACUGAACAAUCGACGACUGUCCGUCAAAAAUUCCUUCUGCCGCAAAAAUGGCGUCUACACCAGGUCACCUCCUCGACCCAGUCCAGGCAGUCUGCACUACUCAGAUGAGGAUGUCAGCGCCAAAUACAAUGACCUGAUCACAGCAGAGAGCAGCAGUCUCACGGAGAAGCCAUCAGAGAUCUCAGAUUCACAGGAGGCGCUUGUUUUCUCCUUUAAGACUGGGGGCCUCCAUACUCUUCCAACUCAAAGGGGCAGUGACAGCGAAUACGAGGUGGACCCCAACCGCCAGAAGACGCAUUCAUUCGUCAACCACUACAUCAGUGACCCCACCUACUACAACUCCUGGCGCAGACAGCAGAAGGGAAUCUCCCGAGUGCAGGCCUACAACUACACCGAGUCGGAGUCCGGAGAGCCCGAACUCUGCGCUCCUCCACCGCCUCUGCCCCCUCUACCCCCGUUCCCACCGCAGCUCAGUUCCCCUACUCCCCAGAGCCAGUCCCAGGCUGGCAGCCUUUUUAGACCCAAGGGCAGCCGGACUCCCACUCCAUCCCAGCAGAGCUCCAACCCACCCAGUCAGCAAGGCACACUUUAUCGGCCCCCGAGCAGCUUGGCCCCAGGUUCCCGGGCCCCCAUCGCUGGCUUCUCCUCCUUUGUUUGAUUGAAUGAAGAUAUCGGUACAUGAAAAUACAAAACAAAGGCAGGGGAUCGCUUACUUUCUCCAAUGCCUGAUCAAACUCACGUCUAUAGAAAAAAUGACAACAAACAUCAGCCCUGGAUUUGUUGUGCUUACGUUGUCAUUGCAAGCUGAUUUUUGUUUUUAUAUACUUUCUUUGAUCACACAUUUUGUUUUCUUUCGUUUAGGUUUUUGUUUUGUUUCUCUGCUUGUGUGUUCAAAGUGUUUCACUCAAAAUGAAAGACAAUCACUUGGAAAGACACGUAAACGCAUUGGUGAGCUUUGUUUGUUUUGGGGGUUUUUUGUGCUGCUUGAACAAACUGCAUGACUUUUUUGUUCAAAUAUUUCUUUUCGUUUGCUUUUUCAUUUUGUUGUCAUUGGUUCUUUUGUUUUUUUUUUAAGUUUAACACCAGCACUAAGUUACGAAUGCUGGACAAAGGCACUGACACAUGAAAAAUACAUUUAAAAAG